CUACGAUAUUGUGGCCUUGAAAGAUGGCGUCAGGUCGAGAAAUGUCCAUUUCGAAGCGGCCACAUGUGAAAACAGAGCGAAUGCAAGAGUUCAUGAAGACACAAGAUGUGGGCAGCCCAACUAAGAAACUGAAAUGCCCCGAGCCAAUGUGCAACAAAGAGUUUACAAGUUCCCCUGGUCUGAAGUACCACCGCCAGACUCACAAUAUCUCUCAUCCACAGUUUCAGUGCAGGAGAUGUCUCAAAGAGUUUAAAAGUGCCAAUGGUUUGAAGUACCACCGUGAGAGGACCAAAUGUGAUGACACCAAUUUUGAAUAUUCAGGAAGUUUCGUUCAUCGCCAUGUACCCAAACAGUUGGAUCUAACUGCCCUUUGCCUUCCUUCAGUGAAAAACAGUUUAAACCAGUCAGAGUGUCAAAAUAUAACAACCAGUCCAGGGAUUGAAUUUUCGUCAAGCAGUCUACAUUCAACAGGGAUGGAUAAGCUCACAGAGUUGGCAAUAAUAGCGACCAGUCCACAGAGUCCCUUGAUGCGAAAGCCCAAACCUCCUUGGGAUAAAACACCUAGUGCUGAAAUAGUUCGAUCUCUGGUGAAGAUGUUGGACGAGGGUGAGAAAGACUAUUAUGGAGAUACAAGUGAAUGUUUUGGUGACAGGGAACAGCUGGGUGUGCAAGCCAGUCAAUCUCAUGUGUCCACUGAUGGUCCUACAGCAUCCUUGCCCGACGUUAAACCGGUUCAAACUGCUAAAUCCGGACAUGUUGAAAGCAGCUCGUCAGAAGGCCCUGACGGCAGUGACCCACGGGUAUCCACUAGCUCACCUCUGUCUGUCUCCCCUGAUGAAACUGAUACCAUGACAACCAGCACCUGGUCCCACUCCUGGCCAACAGCACUCUGGCAGUGCUUCAUUGCUGGGACGCAGGUGAGGUUUCUGGACAGCCAUGACAGUUGUUGGCAGCUCGUGGACACACUUGCUCAAAAGGAAGACCUGGCCCAGAAGGCUGCCAGCAACUAUGUGCCAUCCAGAUAUGCUCCAGAUGGUCUGAUGGUGAAAACAUUAAAUGAUGUCAUCAUUGAUACUGACCAAUCAGAGCUGGAGAUAACAUUCACUUCAUCUGCCAAUGGACAGCCUGAUUUGCUGGCAAAUUGCCAAAGGGACCAUCCAUUUUUUGUAAAAGAUAAAGGUUGGUCGUCAUGUGACCCUUGUGAGACAGUUGUGCAUUAUGGGAUACCAUGCAGCGAGUUGUGUGUAGGAGACGUCUGUUUGCCCCCGACUCACAGCGAUGCAGCUUUUACUGAGGAGAUCUUUAAGAGCUGUGAUAAGUUUGAGUUUACCCCAGAGGACACUUCAGCUGUGUUUGCUUUAAGCAGUAUGAAACAACACAAGAAGGAAUCUGACCAAAGUCCGCCGCCAGGCUCAAAGAAACCAGUGGGCAGGAGACCGGCCGGCAAGGCAGCACUCAACAAGCCCAAGAGACCCAUGAACGCCUUCCUGUUGUUUGCCAAGGAGUUCAGGUUGGGCUACAUGCAGAAAUUCCCUAAGCGAGAUAAUAGGGCUAUCAGUGUGAUUCUUGGUGAGCACUGGAAGUCGCUGUCUGUGUCCCAGCGAGGUGUAUACGAGGAGCGGGCCCGAUAUCUGGCUGACAAACAGAAGAAAAAACAUCCAGACUGCUGGAAGAGGAAAAAGGAGAUUCCAAGGUCAUAGUUUGAGAUGAUUUGAGUUGACUUCGCAGGAGCUUGCAGGACAGAAGUAAGAAGAAGAACACUGUAAUGCCUUAUGGAUUGAAGACAGAAUUUAUUUGACUGCUUGAAGUGUCAUAGAUGGAUCCAGGGCAGGAUGAUAGAUGGGGCUUAUCAUGGGCGUAUGACCCCUCUAUACUCAUGGGCAUAUGACCCCUCUAUACUCUUUAAAUACAUGAAUAUGGGGAGUCUCUUCUGAUUCUUUUGUUAAUCACAGUUGUGUAAGACCAUUUAGUUAGUAAUGGAAGCCUUUACCACAAUCAAAUUCAGCUAUUUUUACAUAUCUUUAUAGAGGUGUUCCCCACCUAGUGUAACAGUCAAUGUAGGAGUUGGCAUGUACGCUGUUAGUCCUUUGUCACAACAUUGUUGAUAACUGUGGCGUAUGGUGCAGGAAACUUACCUACUGCAACUUGGUGCAAUAUUUUGUACUACAUCACAUUUGGAGUAUUUAUUUUGAUAAACUUGGGGGCAGUGACAAUAAUAACAGUCUUGCGUUACGUCUUUCAUUGUGCAUGAUCUAUUAUCAGUAGAAUCUAAUUCUAUGUGUAAAGCAUUCCCUUGAAGUUAAAAAUUGUUUUGUUUUUUGUUUCGGUUAUUUUAUUUUUAAGCUAUUAUGUAGGUGUUGGAACAUCUUCAAGUUUGAUAUUGUUGUUUGCAGUAAAAGAUGUUGGGUACAUGUAUACAUGCCUGAUAUUUCUUGAUGCUGUUUACAACUUCAAUUUUAUGUAUAUUUUAUAGAAUUUAAAUGUUAUUUAUAAUAUUGUUGCAGCAGUUAUUGAUCUCAUUGUUAUUAAUGUACUUACUGUUCCAGUUGUAAUACAAUAGGAUAGAUUUUCCAGAUUAAAUAUGUUUUGAUAUUUAUAUAUAAAUCUUUUUUAGUAGAAGAUGUGUCAAAAGUUAAAAAUUGUGUUCCAGUAACAGGUAUAGUUUGUGAACUUUGUGACCAGAGCUUGCAUUAAUUUUAAAGUCAGAUCUUCCUUAAAAGGCAUUUCAAAACAAGUAUUAGAAGACAUUAUAUAAGUACUUUUAGACCACAAUUAAAAUAGGCUUUGUUUGGCCCAUCCUGGUGCACAUUUUCAGCGGUGGGAAGGUUAUUUUUUUACUUCCUAACCUGUGAUUUCCUGUAACAUUUUUUUCAUUGUGAUCGCCCGAGAGAAAUAUAUUAAAAUGUUCAAAAAGAUUUGGUUGUGGGUAUGGCCAAACAAACUGUUUAUUAACUGUGGCUGGAGUUGAAAAUAUGUUUAUUUUUAAACUUUGAUGUACAAGAUUAACCAAGGUUUUUUAAAAUAAGUGACAAUCAAAGAAAUAUUUGUCACAUUUGCAUACUGCUCUUGUGUUAUUUUCAGCAUCACCAUCACCACCAGUAAGAAGCAAGUUAUUAUAGUUUUUCUUUAAAUAGUACCGGUAAAUGUUUUCAAUAUUGUUACAUACAUCCAUGGCCUUAUUUUUAGACCGGUUUGUGUAUUAAGUAGUAUUUGACUUUUUGUUAGUAAACUACAUCCAGAACCAAAGGCAGCAAUUUUGGUAGUCAUCUUACGGCAGCACAUUCCAAAUGAUCUCAUAAAAUAGGGAAUAAACUGGCUUCAUCAUCAUCAAAUUUAAAAAUUACAGCUGGUAUUCUUUUUCAUAAUAUAUUGAUCACUUUAAAGAAUGUCUUUUUUAAAAGUUGUUAUUUUUGAGUUUGUUGUAUUAGCUUAUCAUAACAUAUGAGCAAUUGUAGAGUUGUGGCCCUUGAUCAGCUUAUCAUAACAUAUGAUCAAUUGUAGAGUUAUGACCCUUGAUCAGCUGAUCAUAACAUAUGAGCGAUUGUAGAGUUAUGACCCUUGAUCAGCUUAUCAUAACAUGAGCAAUUGUAGAGUUGUGGCCCUUGAUCAGCUUAUCAUAACAUAUGAGCAAUUGUAGAGUUAUUGCCCUUGAUCAGCUUUUCAUAACAUAUGAGCAAUUGUAGAGUUGUGGCCCUUGAUCAGCUUAUCAUAACAUAUGAGCAAUUGUAGAGUUAUUGCCCUUGAUCAGCUUAUCAUAACAAAGGAGCAAUUGUAGAGUUAUGACCCUUAACUAGCUUAUCAUAACAUUUGAGCAAUUGUAGAGUUAUUGCCCUUGACCAGCUCAUCAUAACGAAGGAGCAAUUGUAGAGUUAUUGCCCUUGAUCAGCUUAUCAUAACAAAGGAGCAAUUGUAGAGUUAUUGCCCUUGACCAGCUUAUCAUAACCAAGGAGCAAUUGUAGAGUUUUGACCCUUGACCAACUUUUCAUAACAUAUGAGCAAUUGUAGAGUUAAGACCCUUGACUAGGUUAUCAUAACAUUUGAGCAAAUGUAGAGUUAUUGCCAUUGACCAGCUCAUCAUAAUGAAGGAGCAAUUGUAGAGUUAUUGCCCUUGACAAGCUUAUCAUAAUGAAGGAGCAAUUUUAGAGUUGUGACCCUUGAUCAGCUUAUCAUUACAUAUGAGCAAUUGUAGAGUUAUUGCCCUUGACCAGCUUAUCAUAACAAAGGAGCAAUUGUAGAGUUAUUCCCCUUGAUCAGCUUAUCAUAACAUAUGAGCAAUUGUAGAGUUGUGGCCCUUGAUCAGCUUAUCAUAACAUAUGAGUGAUGGUAGAGUUAUGGCCCUUGAUCAGCUUAUCAUAACAUAUAAGCAAUUGUAGAGUUAUUGCCCUUGACCAGCUUAUCAUAACGAACAAGCAAUAGUAGAGUUGUGACCCUUGAUCAGCUUAUCAUAACAUAUGAGCAAUUGUACAGUUAUUGCCCUUGAUUAACUUAUGGUAACAUUUUAGCAAUUGUAGAGUUAUGACCCUUGAUCAGCUUACAAAAACAUAUGAGCAAUUGUAGAGCUAUUGCCCUUGAUCAGCUAAGCAUUACGAAGGAGCAAUUGUAGAGUUAUUGCCCUUGAUCAGCUAAGCAUUACGAAGGAGCAAUUGUAGAGCUAUUGCCCUUGAUCAGCUAAGCAUUACGAAGGAGCAAUUUUAGAGUUAUUGCCCUUGAUCAGCUUACAAUAACAUAGGAGCAUUAGAAUAAACUGUUUGUAGUAGUCUCGUUUGAAAUUGUUAGAGCAAACAUCAGAAUUGAUGUGUUGUAAAUUGUUAGCGUCACAAAUUCAAAUGUGUCCAUUUUGAAGAUAAGUUCAUUAUUUCAGUCCCUUGAAAACAGUAGAUAAGUAAUGGAAAGUGUGUUUUGUUGGGAAAUAAUAUAUUUUAAGGGCAUUCAUUAUGUAUUUGUACUGUUCCUUUUGAUGUUUUGUCACUUUAUAUUUGUCUUCCCAUAUAACUUGCAUGUUCGUUCAUUUUUAUGAAAAUGAUUGUAAUAGACAAAUGCAGGAGCCAUAAGUGUUCAUGUUUAAUGUCCAUUAAGAAACAUAUGGGUUGGAAUGUAGUAUCAAUUGUUGUCACAAAUGUACUAUUUCUGGGUAAAUAAUUAUUAAAAGUGCUCAUUCUUUUUGUUAUUGACUGUAUCUUCUGUAUAAACAAAAUAUUGGGGAAACAUAUAAGGUAAACUUUGUUUUAUUUAUUGAUGUUUUUAAAAAAGAAUAAGUAAGACUGUAUUGGGUUAUUCCUCCUCACCUUUUUGCAAUACUUGCUAAUUAUAAUAGUAAAAGUCAAUAGUAUUAUCCUAUCCGCUAAAAAUCAUGAUUCCUGUAUGAUGUUUAUUAUAUAUAACUGUACAUUGACAAGCAUAAUUGUUGCAAGCAUUGUUAUUCAUUGUUGUAGUGCAAUGCUUUUACUGAAAUUACUUCUCUUAAAAGAAGGUAAAGAAAGUAUGAUGCAUACAAGUACUUAGCAUAUCAUCUGCAACUGAUUGUAUUUGUUGGAAUAUAACAAAGAUAUUUUGAGUCUUUAUUAAGUCUGUAUUCUGAUCUCAGAAAGAGGCAGCAUUGCUUUGUGCUAAUUACACUUUUUAAGUAUGAAUUUGUUGUAAUUUAUUUUUGAAAGAUUUUAUGAAGAGUGAAUUUUAUUGUUCGUCUUUGAUGACAUGUGAACGUUUUAUAUAUCAUAACCUUGUAAUGGUGAAACGUUAUAUUAUAAAAUAAAAAUACGAAACAUGA